AUGGCCACUGUCACUGCCACUGUGAUGUGUCUCCUGCUUCUAGCCUGGUUGCCUACUGGGAUAACCCACCAAGAUCCCCCAUUCUGGGGGAAACCCCGAAGCCAUAAGACGACAUUGAGGUGCUACUCGGCUGAGGAGCUCUCUCACGGGCAGGCUCCUCCGCACCUGCUAACUCGAAGUGCCAGGUGGGAGCAGGCCCUCCCUGUGGCCCUAGUGGCCAGUCUGGAGGCCACAGGCCGCAGGAGACAGCAAGAAGGACCUCUACCUGGAACACAGUGCCCCGUGCUGCGGCCAGAGGAGGUGCUGGAAGCUGACACCCACGAGCGCUCCAUCUCACCAUGGAGAUAUCGCAUCGACACAGAUGAGAACCGCUACCCGCAGAAGCUGGCAGUGGCGGAAUGCUUGUGUCGGGGUUGCAUCAACGCCAAGACGGGUCGCGAGACCGCUGCCCUGAACUCUGUGCAGCUGCUGCAGAGCCUACUGGUGCUGAGACGACGGCCCUGCUCCCAAGACGGUGCCGCAGACCCUACACCAGGAUCUUUCACCUUCCACACUGAGUUCAUCCGCGUGCCUGUCGGUUGCACCUGUGUUCUUCCCAGGUCUACGCAGUGA